AUGGAGGCAGAAAGUUUGCAGAAGCUGAGGAGGAACCGGACAACGUUCUCACAGUCCCAGCUAGACAUCCUGGAGCAAGAAUUUGUGAAGACCCACUACCCAGGGGUCGCCACCAGAGAGGCGCUAGCCAGCAGGACGUGUCUGUCAGAGGCCAGAGUGCAGGUCUGGUUUUCCAACAGACGAGCAAAAUGGCGGCGUCACCAGCGCCUAAAAAUGUUUCAACAAUCAAACCCGUUCAUAUUUCCAUACUCCCAAACCGGAAGUGUGGUCAAACCUACAAGCAUCAAACCGGGGGAGCGCGUGUGUCCGACAGUCACAGAAGAAGACUGCUACGAUUCUCAGUCGCCUUUACCAGACGAUCCUCACCCAACCUCUGAGCUAUCCAAGUACAACUAUAAUUCAACCGAUACGUCACCGUCGUCAACCCCACCAGUGCCUGCAACAUCAAGCGAAACGGAAACACCAACAAACAACAGCAAACCUCGCAGCAAAAUCAGCUUCGCUAUUAGUGAACACUCGGCGUUUAGACCAACCGAAAACAAACGAACUUCACCAGAAAGUACACGGUGUCUGAUAUUUAGUAGUUUCAAUAGCUAA